AUGCCCCCCACACGUCCCGUUUCUCCGGAAGCCGACUUCUCCCCCCUCACAAUUUGGAUCGCCUUCUUCGGUGUUGGACUCCUCAUCGCCGCCCUGCUCUUCGUCACCAUGUUGACUGCCCGCAAAUAUCAAGAGCCUGAAUCCACUCCCCUCAUGGUACACGCACACCGUCGCUACCUCGCGACGGCCUACACGCCCCGCAGGACUGGGCCUCCCCCGCCUCCUCGGACUCCGCACUGGACGGAGCUGCCUAUACCCACCAUCGUCAUUCACUCGGUGGAGACGCAAGAAUAUCAAGAGAUCACUCCCGUGCAGGACAUCCGGUACCUCCGCAUCCCGGUCCCAGAAGAGCCUAAGCCUAAGAGGGUGUGGAGGCCGAGGAGGGCGCGGCCGGGGCGGGCUGUGGCUCUCACUCCCGCCGAGUCGAUCCUCUUCGCGGUGUGGGCGAAAGGAAGGUCGCCGGCGACCGUCAACAGGAGGUGGGGCUAA